AUGACCCUCUCAUCUAGCACCUUUACCUUUGUCACCAUCAUCUUCCUUUUUCUCAACCUGGCCCUCACUCAACCACCUCCAUUUGCUUGUGACUCUUCAAAUCCAUCCACCAGAUCCUACCCUUUUUGCAACCCAAAGCUUCCCAUCACACAACGAACCAGAGACCUUGUUUCCAGACUCACAUUGGACGAGAAACUCUCUCAACUCGUUAACUCAGCCCCUCCCAUUUCCCGACUCGGCAUCCCUGGUUACCAGUGGUGGAGUGAAGCACUUCAUGGCGUUGGCAAUGUUGGCCCUGGCAUCUUCUUCAAUGGCACUAUCACUUCCGCAACUAGCUUCCCUCAAGUUAUCCUCACCGCUGCUACAUUUGAUUCCCAUCUUUGGUACCGAAUCGGUCAGGUAAUUGGGGUUGAAGCUAGAGCAAUGUACAAUGGAGGGCAAGCAAUGGGGAUGACAUUUUGGGCACCAAACAUAAACAUAUUUAGGGAUCCAAGAUGGGGUAGAGGACAAGAAACAGCUGGUGAAGAUCCUAUGAUGACUUCUAACUAUGCUGUUUCCUAUGUUAGAGGACUUCAAGGUGAUUCAUUUCAAGGUGGUAAGUUAAGGGGACACCUUCAAGCUUCUGCUUGUUGCAAACAUUUCACUGCCUAUGAUUUGGACAAUUGGAAGGGCGUUAAUCGCUUUCACUUCGAUGCUAAAGUGAGUUUGCAGGAUUUGGCAGACACAUAUCAGCCACCAUUUCGUAGUUGUGUAGAGCAAGGACGAGCUAGUGGGAUAAUGUGUGCUUAUAACCGUGUAAAUGGUGUUCCAAGUUGUGCUGAUUACAAUCUCUUAACUAAAACAGUUAGAAAACAAUGGGGAUUCCACGGGUAUAUCGCUUCAGAUUGUGGAGCAGUUGGGAUCAUACAUGACCAACAAGGAUAUGCAAAAUCAGCAGAAGAUGCUGUAGCCGACGUUAUGCAAGCUGGGAUGGAUUUGGAAUGUGGAAAUUAUUUGACAGACCAUGCAAAAUCAGCAGUGCAGCAGAAGAAGUUACCUAUAUAUCAAAUAGACCGUGCUCUUCACAAUCUAUUUUCAAUUAGAAUAAGGCUAGGCUUAUUUGGUGGAAAUCCAACCAAGCUUCCAUUUGGAAUGAUUGGUCCCAACCAUGUUUGUUCCGAAAAUCACUUAUAUCUAGCUCUUGAAGCUGCAAGAAACGGCAUUGUCCUUUUAAAGAACACCGCUUCACUUCUUCCACUUCCAAAAGCAAGUAGUAUUUCCUUAGCAGUGAUAGGUCCUAAUGCCAAUGCUUCACCUUUAACUCUUCUAGGAAACUAUGCCGGUCCUCCUUGUAAAUAUAUCACUAUACUCCAAGGGUUUCGACAUUAUGUUAAGGACGCUGUUUUUCAUCCUGGCUGUGAUGGUGGACCAAAGUGUCCUUCAGCGCAAAUAGACCAAGCAGUGGAAGUUGCAAAGAAAGUUGAUUAUGUGAUUUUGGUUAUGGGAUUGGAUCAAAGUGAAGAAAGGGAAGAACGUGAUCGCGUUCACCUUGACUUGCCAGGCAAGCAACUUGAACUCAUUAACAAUGUUGCCAAAGCUUCUAAGCGACCAGUUAUUUUGGUGCUCCUUUGUGGAGGCCCUGUAGAUAUUAGUUCAGCCAAAUAUGAUGAUAAAAUUGGAGGUAUCAUUUGGGCUGGUUAUCCCGGUGAACUUGGAGGCAUUGCACUUGCACAGAUUAUCUUUGGUGAUCACAAUCCAGGAGGAAGACUACCAAUUACUUGGUACCCAAAAGAUUACAUAAAAGUGCCAAUGACAGACAUGAGGAUGAGAGCCGAUCCUUUAACUGGCUAUCCAGGAAGAACUUACAGAUUUUACAAGGGUCCUACAGUGUAUGAAUUUGGCCACGGACUAAGCUACACAAAAUAUUCCUACGAGUUUGUUUCUGUAACACGCGACAAACUUCAUUUCAAUCUAUCCACCACUCAUUUGACAGUUGAAAAUUCAGAAACGAUAAGGUACAAAUUAGUUCCAGAGCUGAGUGAAGAAACCUGCAAGAGCAUGUCGGUCUCUGUCACAAUUGGUGUCAAAAACCAUGGAAACAUGGUGGGGAGGCAUCCUAUAUUGCUGUUUAUGAGACCGCAAAAACAGAGAAUUGGAAGUCCUAUGAAACAAUUGGUUGGUUUUCAUAGUUUGUUGUUAGAUGCCGGGGAAAUGAGCCAUGUUGGAUUUGAACUUAGUCCUUGUGAGCAUCUUAGUAGAGCGAACGAGGCUGGUUUAAAGAUCAUAGAAGAAGGGUCUCAUUUUUUGCUUGUAGGGGAUGAAGAAUACCUAAUAGAUGUCAUUGUUUGA